AUGUUCAUCCUAUCAAAGCUUCGAGAAGUUGUCUGGGGGAAGCCGGCAGCGACCAGCGCAGAAAGGAGACUGAUCGUCAAGCUCGAUGUGGUCAUCUUGUCUUUUUGCUGUCUUAUGUAUUGGGUCAAUUAUCUCGAUCGAAUGAACUUGAACAAUGCGUACGUCAGUGGAAUGAAGGAGGAUCUCAACUUUCAGGGCAACCAGUUGAACAUCAUCAACACAAUCUUCUACGGCGGUUAUGUGCUGGGACAGAUUCCGAACAACCUCGCGCUGCAAAAGCUUCCACCUCGUCACUACUUCCCCGCUUGCAUGAUAGCUUGGGGGCUCUUGACCCUCGGAACAGGACUUGUUCACCACCCAUGGCAGAUCAUGAUCCUAAGAUUUCUGCAGGCUAUCUUCGAGUCUUCUACAUUCGUUGGCUGUCACUACAUUCUCGGAAGCUGGUACAAGGAAGACGAGCUAGGCAAGAGGACUGCUAUCUUUACCAGCAGUGGCUUAGCUGGAACAAUGUUUUCAGGGUUCUUGCAAGGAGGCAUACACCGAAGUCUCGACGGUGUUCGAGGCCUGCCUGGCUGGAGGUGGCUUUUUAUUAUUGACUUCUGCCUGACCGUGCCCAUUGCCAUUUAUGGAUUUCUAGCCUUUCCGGAUACCCCGACAUCGACGCGUGCCUGGUGGCUAACCGAUGAAGAGAAGAAGCUGGCUGUCGACCGCCUUCCAGAAGUUGAGAAAACUCGCGGCACUCUUGGUUGGAGUUUAAUAUCCCGUAUUCUGAAGACAUGGCACUGGCUGGGCUUUGUCCUGCUCUGGAUCUUUGCUAGCAACACCGAGAUGUUCUCCACUAAUGCUAUCAUGAAUCUAUGGCUCUCCUCAAUGGGUGACUACAGCGUGGAACAGGUCAAUUACAUCCCGACUGGUGUAGCAGGAGUCGGAAUUGUGGCUACCCUGUUCCUCGGCUGGUACUCGGACUUCACCAAGCGCUAUUGGCAUGUUGGAAUCAUCUUGUCUUCCACGGCCAUCAUCUCGGGAGCAAUUAUGCUACAGCCCCCUUCAAGAGGGACCAAGUUAUUUGCACUCUUCCUCAAUGGUUGCCAGUAUGCUAGCCAGACUGUGCUGUUUGCCUGGGCGAAUGCGGUCACUCGCGAAGACGAUGCCAAGCGUGCGGUGAUUCUCGCAGCAAUGAACACUUUUGCAAUCGCCGUCUACAUGUUCUGGUCACUUGUCUUCUACAGCGCGACACAGGGUCCGGACUGGACAGAGGGUAGCAUUGCCAUGAUGUGCAUGGGAGCAUCCCUCUUUAUAACGACGAUUGGAGUUCGUCUGAAUUUGAAGAGUAUAUCUUCUGAGCUUUAUCUAAUGUCCUAUUUCCGGAAUUUCGGUCUGAUGUCAACAUAUGAUCCCCUCCCCUCCCUUGGCACCAAUGGGGUAUGGACGGUCAUCGCAAGAGGUGACCAGCUUCUUCUCUUUGUCGACCUGAGCCGAGCCCAAUCCUCCUCCAGAGCCAACAUCAUUCCUCUGCAUUAUUUACUGUUGAAGGAAUUGUGCAAUCCUAUGCCAGACCGACUAUCGUCCGCAACCCCUCAAACUGAGCCUUGUGUCAUGCCACAACGUCAUGGUCAGAAGCACGCGAUCUUCAUAUUCAUGCGCGCGGUGUUACCAAAGAAAGAAAAAGGUGGGCUCAUCACAGAAAGCUCUGAGACUGUGGUUCCGCGAAGUCUCCUCUCUUACCUUGAGAACGCUAUUGCUCAACUUGAACUAGAACGAGAAGCCCUGCUUCAGGGCCGGGAAAGUUCAAAUUCUGCUGUCUUGCAGCCCGAACAAGAUGCUGCAGCCCAAGGAGUCACGGCGGCCAAAGCUGUAGAUGUCGCCGCUGCGUAUGAACUAGCAGUCAACGCCGCAUUCGAAAGUGCACCAUUGACUUCGGUGCACGAUGUUUCUCGGCUUACGCUUCCAUACUAUCGCACCUUUUUUCUCAGUGCAGAGCUUCCCUUUCCACUCGCGUUUCAAGAUCAACGCACAGUCAAUAUUCCCAACCAUGACGGAGCCUCAUUCACCCAGUUACCCGAAGAAGUCGCAGAUCGGCUCAUGGCUGUCUAUAUCGAUCGCAUUCUGCGUCAGUACCCCUUAUUCACAGAGCAAGAGCUUUCCGACAUGUUUCAGCGCUUCAAAGCGUUCAAUAGCGACGGUCUGAGCAUCACUCCCGACGAGCAAUUUAUCGUAUGUAUGGUCAUGUCGAUUGCAACACUCACAUCUAAGGCUAGAGACUACCAAAAACUGGUCUCGGUAGCUGAGUCACUGCGGCGAGAUGCAUUUGCCCGACUCGACCUGGGACUUUACGCCAUGGAGAGGUCCAUUGCGAUCACAUCACACCGGCCGUUGGCGGUGGCUGGAGACCAGAUUCACCUCUCUUUUCCCACUUUCGGAGACGAUCCAAAUGAUCUCGUUCAAUCAUCAGAGCACGAUUCGCAGCCUAUCCUGCCUUCAGAACAAGACUUUGGCCUGAGAUUUGGUGACAUCCUUAGAUAUUUGCGAUUGCAGUCAGAAAUAUGCUCCGUCAACAUUGGGAUGCGAUCUAUUUCUAACAGCAACUUAACACAUGAUGAGUGGCUGGCCGAUGUUGAAAGACGAAUCCAUGAGAUCAAAGCUUGCGUGGCGGCCGCUAAGCAGAGCAACUUCAUGGAAUGGCACACAAUAUUGCUCCUCCAUAUGCCUUGUGCACGCAAUCCCAGCCCGGCCGAGAGCUCAGUUCUCAAAUACUUUGACGCUGCCGUGUGCAUCGCCAAAGGAUACUGGGACCUAACAAUCUGCAAUUACCUGGCUGACCCUUGGCAUGCGACCCAUCACUGCUACGAGGCCGGAAAUCUGAUCUUAUAUGCACUCUGGCACUACCGUUCUCUCAUUCGUAGGCACUACAGCACGGCCCAGGUCUUUGAAGUCGUGCAUCAGGUUUCCGGCUUCUUUAUACUUCUUGCUAAGCAAUGGCCGGCAGCCCAGCGAUGCGGCAUUCUGUUUGACCGGCUACGCAAAGGGCCUCUGAGCUUCUUUCGAGAAGAUGGUUCUCCCGAUACCAGCACUGGGCUUGAGGCUAGACAACUGAAAGAACUGGUGUUCAGAGAGAACGCUGACGUUCUCUACGCCCGAGAGCAGCCCGCGGACACAUUCGGACAAUCAACAUUUGAUAUUAUGUUUCCCGAUCUUCAAAUUGACCCCCUGUCUCUAGAAAACGACGCCGAUCUCUUAGAGUUUUUCAACCUCAUCCAGAAUCCCGAGAUAGAAGGCUUCGAUACCACCGUUAUUGAAAACGAGGUUGUCUCCCCAGAACUCGCAGAGCCUUCGGCAGCUAGUAUCAGCCCAAACUCCCCAAUAUCAACGCAACCGCCGAGACGAGUAUUUGACAAAGCUCAACUGAGGACAGCUAUGGAGAAGCUCCCAAUAUGUUCACACUGCAAGAGAAGAAGAAUCAAGUGCGAUUCAGACGUUCCAGCAUGUCGAAAUUGCACAAAGCUUCGCAAGGACUGUCGCUACUGGGACAACGCAUUAGCCGAAGAGACCUCGCGCAAGCAUCUUGACGUUUUGAAACAGCAUGCAGAGCGAUUGAUGGGUGACAUUGAAGAAUUGUGUGUUCCCACGGAUGCCAGCGAUGCUCCCACAGAGGACCUUACAGCGUCGAAUAUUGUGCUAGAUGGGUAUGCUCAGGGUGCUUCUCUGUCGGGUGUACUAUGCCCACGGCCGUCAAAUAUCGACAAAUCAAGUGAAUUGAAUUUCUUUGGCGCCACGAGCUCUUUUGUCCGUCUCGCAAACAGUAGCGGAAAGUGUGUCCCCUCACCAACGCUAUGCGAAUAUUCUCUAUCCGCCCCUCGAGCGGCAGGGUUCUUCGAGACAUUUUGUGGCCCGCUCACGAUCGAUGUCACAGCAGAAAUGCCCUAUUCAAAGGCACAGAAUCUUACCUGGCUUUAUUAUCGGUCUAUCGAAAUUACUUAUCCAAUCCUUGGCCAGGAUAUGAUAAUUCAGACUAUCAGUCAAGUCUACAACAACAUCCCUGUAACGCCAGAAGAGGAUAUCGUGGCGCAAACACGUUCCGGGUUUAUACUUGCUAUAGCCUUAGCCUUACUGGGUCCAGAGGAUCGGAGGCUUCAAAUGGUCGCAGACGCAUACUUCAAGAAAGCACUCUCUCGCGGAGUUUCCAAUGAUCUCUUCAUUCAUCCGACAAAUCAGUCGCUGCAAAUGACACUUCUAAUGUGCAUCUAUACCUGGAUUUGCCCGAACGUUCUGGAUAUUUGGAGAUUACUGGGAAAUGCAUCAAGGAUGUAUUUGGACAUCAUCGAAGUGCAAGGGUCUGGUAAAACAGACUUCAUUCAUAUUGGCGCUCUCUAUCGCACCCUAUACGCCCUCGAGACCCAGGCCGCGAUAGCAUUUGGCAGACCCUCUCAGCUUCCAGACGCGAGCACAGUCUCUGCCUGCUCACCCGACUCCAUCUCCAAUUCGGCAGGAGACAUGAAUCUAUCGACCAUGGUGUACCAUCUCACACGGCUCAAGGGUCGCUUUCACAGAGAGAUGAUUGGCAACCAAGGAACAUCUUCGGGACACAAUCUCGAUAUGUCUGCAACAGUCAAUGCUCCGUGGAUGUCAGCCUAUGUCCAUGAGAUGCAGACUUGGAUUGAGAAUUGGAACACCCAAGUUGAUGCCCUCUUUAUCGAGUCUCCAGUGCUUCACGAUGGGGCUGACCAACAACCAUUGAAGCUUUACGGAAAUUUCCAACAAUGCGAAGCUCUACUUCUUGCCAAAGCUGCGGCCGAGCGUCGCGGUCAGAUCCUUGUGUCGGAUGCAGACGAGAUGUUGGUCUGCGAGGAACUGCUACGUGCAGCGGGCUGUCUGCUCCGGCCUUCGAAUUCAACAUCGAGUCGUAUGGGUUUUGUUUUCAGCUUGACAUGGACGCGGGCACAUUCGAUAUUUGAUGCGACGAUCAUCAUACUGCAAUGUAUACAGAACGGGCUUGGAACGCAUUUGGACGCAGAGGCCUUGGUUCAAGCCAGCAUUAGCAUGCUCUCUUCGGAACACAUCACCGAUCAAAGCACGACUGGACUUGUCAAAUGUUUACAAAAUAUCUAUGGCACAUUUCACUCCUGA